GCAUAUGAGCAGAGAGCCCGAGAGAAAGUAAGCAUGAACACAGACAAGCGAACCAGCUCGGACUGAACAGAAAGGGAGCAAAUUGGAUCGCAAGGGAAUUCAGCCUUCUAGUCCGGAUUUUUAAAAUACAUAAAACAUUUUAAUGGACUUCUGAGAGCUACCACGCCGUCUUUACAAACAGGACAAUGUGAACGCAUAGUGUCUGAUGAAGUAAUUAUUGCAAAAUAAAAAAUAAAAAAAUAAAAAGAAGAAGACAACGUUUCGGACAACUUUUACAUUUUAACAGACUGAAAUUUACAUAUCAGCACACUACCCGCCUGGAUAUCUGGGCAUUGAGAUGGUGCAAUGUCCCGAGGAAUAUUCCCACGCGUUAAACUUUGCUGGAUGUUGGUAACUGUUGCGCUGCUGGUAAAAGUUUCUGGCGUAAAGACCCAUAGCUGUCAUGAAGUCAAAACUACUUUUCAGAUGCGUCAGAUCGGCCCAUUGAAAUGGGUACCUGAAACACCUGGAACAGAUGCAGACCUGCAGAUCUGCAAACACAAGGGCCCCACCUGCUGCACUCGCAAGAUGGAGGAGAGCUACCAGGUGGCUGUGCGGAGGGAGACGCUGCAGAACAUCCGCUCCUACAGCUUUGAGCUCAAGUACCUCAUCGUAGGCCACAUCUCCUCCUUCCAGGACACGUUCCAGUCCCUGGUGUCCUUCACCAUGAACCACACCAGCGACCUGUUCGACAGCACGUACGAGGCGCUGUCGGAGGACGCUGGCUCCCACGUGAGCGAGCUCUUCACCGACAUCGCCCUCUUCAUCCACGGCGCCAACGUGUCGGUGGAGUCGGCCGUGCAGCGUUUCUACGACGACCUGUUCCCGCUGGUGUACGCGCGGCUGGUGAACCCGGGCAUGGCGGCGCUGUCCGCCGAGCUGGCGGAGUGCCUGCGGAUGACGCGGCAGGACGUGAACCCGUUCGGGCCCCACCCGCGCGCGCUGGCGCAGGAGCUGACGCGGGCCCUCAGGGCGGGCCGGGGCCUGAGCCAGGCCCUGGCCGUGGGGGCCGAGCUGCUGAACGCCACGGAGUACGCGGCUCUCUCGCGGGACUGCGCCCGGGCGCUGGUGCGCAUGCAGUACUGCUCGCACUGCCGCGGCCUCACGCUCAUCAAGCCCUGCGUGGGGUACUGCCUCAACGUCAUGCGCGGCUGCCUGGCCGCCCUGUCCGAGCUGGACCAGCCCUGGAGGCGCUACGUCUCCGUGCUGGAGGGCCUCACCGACUCCCUGGCCGGGGCUCACGACCUGGAGCUGGCCCUGCUGGGCAUCCGCAACCAGAUCAACGACGCCGUGCUGUACACCCAGCUGCACGGGCCCCGCCUGUCCGCUAUAGUGGAUAAGGUGUGCGGGCAGCUGACAGAAGCAGCACCUGCUACCACCGCAGGCCCUCCCCCUGUGACGGUGACCCCGGUGACCCCAGUGACCUCCACCCCUGCCUCCACCUCUCCCCAACCUUCGGACCACCCCCAGCAGGGCCAGUUGGCUCACUUGAGACGCUCACUACCUCUGAAACCCUCCAAGAACGAUAAACCUAGAAGUCUGAAAAAGAUCUCUAGGGAGUUCAUGGGAUACAUCCAGCGCUACAAGUCGUUCUUCGCAGCGCUGCCAGAGAUGCUGUGCGAGGGGGAGAUGGUGGUGGACGACUUCUCCUGCUGGAGCGGAGAGGACGUGGUGCAGAGUUAUUCGGGUCGCGUGGUGGGGAACGGCCUUCAGGCCCAGAGGCAGAACCCGGAGAUGAAGGUGCGGGGUCCGGACUCUAUCCUGCUGGAGGUGAAGGACCGUCUGGAGCGCUUUAACCAGGAGAUGCAGGGAAAGACCCCCCAGGAGAGGGACAGGGGGGCGUGGCUGGAGACAGGAAGUGGGACGCCGGAGGGCAGCGCAGACUGCGAUGACGAGGACGGUUGCCAGGGCUCCGGGGAUGAAGCAGAGGUUCACGGAGAGAGGGGCGGAGACUCCGUCGUGGGGAAGGAGCCCGGGUCGGACACGCCCCGCCGGACGCCCCCGCACGCCCCGCGGCCCAAGGACGCGGUCAAGGUCACAGGUCACGCUCCGGCGUUCGCCCCCGGCCUGACGCUGCCCGCCGUCUGCCUCCUGGCGGCGCUACACUGGCGCCCGCACUGAUCCGGACCCCGUCGCGGCCCCGCCUCCUCCCUGCAGAGACCACGCCUUCGGAGCUCAGCUCAGCGCGGGACUGG